ACUUGGGGGGGUGGCCACUUCAGUCCACACUCGCUCAUUUGUAUUUCUUUUGUCAAAAAAACAAAUCAAACCAUGAACCCCGACAAAAACGUUACUUAUAGCAACACUUCACAGUUAGCAGCUACGGGGACUCGGAAAGGAGUUAGCUGGUUCAGUGAACAACAACGGAGGAGCAGAGUGCCCGAGGACUUAAGAGCAAGCAUGAUGCAUAUUCCAACGAGACACAAAGCCGAGCCCAAGGGCACAAUCGCGUCAUCUGCUGUGGUGACAGGGGCAAGGGCUGCUCAGCCUCAGACUCAGCCAGUGCAAUCAACUGCCGGUAAAUGGAAGUCUUCUUUCAAACUCAUCGAGCCAGAAAAUCCUGAAGAGGCAUCACAGAGGCAGAGCAGUGAUGAAAGGACUGAUAUUUACGACCCUAUCGAUCCUCCUAUGGAAGACUUUCCCAAAGUCAACUUCUGCGAGAUAAGCUGUGACUCCCCGCCCGAGCAGGAUGACAACCCCGAGUGGCAACGCUCCCUCCCCGAGCAGGAUGACAACCCUGAGUGGCAACGCUCCCCCACCGAGCAGGACGACAACCUUGACUGGCAAAGCUCCCCACGCGAGCAGAACGGUAACCUCGAAUGGCAACGUAUGUCUCCGGACAGAAGCGGCCGUGAUUCUCCCUCGUGGAUGUCGGACCGAGCCUUCGACGUACAUGACUUCGGCCCCGAGAGCAAUCUGGGUCGUUGUCGGCUGUCUGAGCGACAGUCCUCCAGCCCGGACAUGAAAUUAACGGAGUUCCUGCAAUACGGACGUAGUCGAAGAUCUUUCAGUCCCGACAGCCGUAGUGACGGCUCAUCUAGCCUACGAUAUGCUCCGCCUCACGGAGGAAAGAGGACCAACGGAGAAAAGAUGAGCACACCUGACUACAGAAGCCCGAUGAUCCCUCGUGUUAGAUUAUCCUCGCCCCCGUUGCAGCACGACUAUGAAAUUAAGGAGGACCCCUUAGAAGCAGAACCAGAGCACAAUACAAAGAUGCCGAGAACAAAAAGACAAAUGCGAAAAUCUGUACAAAUGGACCAGAUCACCAUCAACUGUGACCUGUGUGAUGUUGAAGUCAGCAAUGGGCAGGAGCUGGAGAAACAUCUGCAAAGCAAAAUUCACUGGGACACCAUGGAGCACAUCCAGGAGCAAAAUAACUACGAUGAUAUGACCAUCGCCUUCCUGCAGGACGUUAUGCUGUAUAAAAGCAUCAAGUGCAGCCGAGCCAUUGAUUACAGCACUCUUCAAGCUCUGCAGGAGAAUGACCACAUGACAAAGGUGUCAUUGUUCCACUGCGCGGCGUGCCAGGUGCUGGUAUCCACGGCGGCGGUGGCUGUGCAGAAUCACAUCACCUCUCCGGAACACCUCUCCAACAACAAAGAAUUUGAAGCGCAACAGCGACACGCUUCACUUGCCAAAGCGGAUACCAUCAUGAAAGAGUUGGAGCCUCAGUUUGAAAAUUUCGUGAAGGGUUUCAGCCAAUUCGAAUGAAAACAUCCCUUGAAAGAUAAACUACACCUGGUGCUAUUCGCCAAAAGUUAACAACAGACUCACUUCCCUGUCAUCAUAACCACACACGUCAGUGCUUUUGCAUAGUCAGAGCUGUAGAAUUAAAUCACAGAUUGCUUUUCAUCUGCCUGAGCCAACCUCGAUGAGAAAAAAAAAAUACCAUCAAUGAGGUAAAGUCCACUUGUGCAUUUUUUUUAUUUAGAACACAACUGUUUUAAACCUUGUAUUUGUGAUAUAGUACAUUUGAAAAUUAAAUUAUUUAAAAACU